UAGGACUAAACUCCGCUGGGGAUGCCGAGGAUCAGGCCACACUGGCUGACAAGCAGGGAUUCCCAUCAGUUUCCCUGCAAUCCCCCGCAUUUCCCCGCAAUCCAAGGCGCAUCCCGUGGGGGUGGCAUCCGGGGGAGGCAGCAUCGGAACCAAGCGAGCCAAUGGUUGCCUGUUGCCUACAAUGCAUCUACGGUGACGUGGGGGCCUUAUCCUCCCGUGUUUGUUGUAUGUUUUCGACGCAUUCGAAAGCGGCAAUUCCGCACACUGGCUGCAUCCGGCCGAAAAGCAUAUAAACUGGGCUGGACCGCACUUUCGGUAUCGGCAAUGUCACAUCUAUCCUGCAGACAAUGCUUCACGCAUGAUGUUUAGCUUCGAUAUUGAAUUUAGCCGUCACCGAUGGGCCUUGAUCUACUGCUCCAUCUCCGCCAUCGGGGCCUUGGUUUUCGGUUAUGACAACACCUACUACAGUGGAAUCCUAGGCAUGCAGCAGUUUAAGAAUGACUUUGGCAAUCAUUACGAAGAUGGAGCAAAAGCCCUGGCGACAGACUUUACCUCGCUCACUACGUCAAGCAUCUACAUCGGAGACAUGGUCGGAGCAUUGAUCGCAGGUCCUCUCAACGAUCGGUUCGGCCGGAAGAUAGUCCUGUGGAUUGCGUCAGCCUUCGUGCUUGCAGGUGGAGUGACUCAGGUCGCCGACACGAACAUUGAGGGCGUAAUUGUGCUGGGUCGCAUUCUUAUCGGUCUUGGAGUGGGCAACUUUACCGUCACCUCGCUUCUCUACAUCGGAGAAGUCGCACCCCUCGAGAUACGCAGCCCAGCCCUAUACAUGUACCAAUUCCUGCAGUCCUGCUCCCAGCUCGUCGCUUCCGGCCUCACCCAAGGCACCAAUUCCAUUGAAUCCUCCUUAUCCUACAAGCUCCCAAUGGGCGGACUGGUCAUCCUCCCGCUCAUCCUCCUCAUCUUCCUCCCUUUUAUCCCUGAAAGCCCAACCUGGUACGUUUUCCGCGGCCGACCCGACGACGCCAAACGGUCCCUCCAAAAGAUCCACCGCAACGACCGCACCUACGACCCCACCACCGACCUUGCCUUCCUCGAACAAGCCCGACGCUAUGAAGAAACCCAAGGCGAAACCUCCUCAUGGCUCUCCCUCCUCCUCGACCCCGUCGAGCGCAAAAAGCUCCUCUGGGCCUCCGGCGGCAUGUACGCUCAACAAAUCUGCGGCAUCAUCUUCUUCUACAACUACGGCGUGGUCUUCGCCGAAGCCCUCGGCGUCUCCCAGCCCUUCACCAUCACCCUCAUCACCAUGAUCCUGCAAAUCUUCGCCGUUGCCGUCUCCAUCCUCACCGGCAACCGACUCUCCCGUCGCAUCAACCUCCUCGUCAGCACCGGCCUCAUCUUCCUCGCCUUCAUCAUCAUCGGCGCCCUCGGCACCCAAUCUACCCUCUCCACCGCCUCGAAAUACAUCAUCGUCGUCUUCUCCUACGUCGUCAUCUGCGCGUACAAUUUCGGUCUCGGACCUCUUACUUACGCCGUCACCCGUGAGUUAUCCGUCGGCGUGAACCAGAAUAAAAUCAUGUCUGUGUCUAUCGUCGCGCUGUAUUUCUUCCUCUGGUUGAUCUCUUUCACGGCGCCGUAUUUGUACGAUGAUGCUGGACUCGGACCAAUGGUCGGGUUCGUGUACGCGGGGACGACGCUGACUUCGUUGGCUUGGGUGUGGUUUUGCGUCGGUGAGACGCAGGGUCGGACACGCCUAGAGGUUGCGAUGUUUUUCACGGAAGGUGUCCCGGCGCGGCAGUGGAAGACGCAUGUGUUUCGGAACCCGGUGGUGGAUGAGAAGGGUAAGAUGGCGGGGGAGAGAGCAGGGGCUGUGCAUGUUGAGGAUGGGGUUGAAGCAUAGGCUAUAGCUACUAGGAUGAGAGAUAGGAAGUCUGCUAGAUGCUGGAUAUCA